AAUCAAUGGGAUAAAGAAUAAAAAUAACAAAUGCUUGCCAAAUUAUUAUUUUUUUGAAUUCAAUGAUUAUUGACAAAUCAACGAACUGAUCAUAAUGAAUAUAAAUAAAUCAUCAGGAUAGACAUUUGGUUUAAUGAUACGGAUUCUAUGCGAACUAUUACAGGGAACUUAUAAUAAUCGACUGUCAAAUUGUAGUUCAUUCUGAAGACUUAUUAAAUGGCCACUGUUUCUGGAUUUGGAAUAACACGUUCAUUAAUUCAUGCAUUUGAUCCACAUGGUAAACAUUACACACCAACAAUUAAACCAACAACUGGUUUUUCAGCAUCAGCUGAUGCUGAACGAUUACAUCGGGCUAUGAAAGGUCCAGGCACAGAUGAAACAGCAAUUAUCAACAUAUUGGCACGUAGAACAAAUUAUGAACGUCAAGAAUUGUGUCGAUCAUACAAAAGUUUAUAUAAACAUGAUCUAAAAGACGAUUUGAAAUCGGAGACUAGUGGAGACUUUCGUAAAGUUUUAUGUCAGCUAGUUGUUGAUACACCUUAUAUGUUGGCUAAAUCAUUAUAUUAUGCAAUGAAAGGCUUAGGAACAAAUGAUCGUGUACUUAUUGAAAUAUUUACCACAUUAUGGAAUGAUGAAACAAGAGCUGUAGCUGAUGCUUAUAAACAAGUACUCAAAGACAAAGGAAUUGAAGAAUCAGAACGUUCAUUAGUUACUGAUAUGAAAAAAGAAAUAAGCGGUGAUUAUGAAUAUGCAUUAAUGUGUUUAGUUCAAGCUGAACGUGAUGAUAUACCAGUAUUACAAUUGAAAGCAAUACCUGAAAAAGGUAUCAAUUCAAUCAUUAAUCAUGAAUUAGCUGAAGCUGAUGCUAAAGAUCUAUAUGCUUCAGGAGUUGGUCGAGUUGGUACUAGUGAAAAACGUAUUACACGGGUUAUAUGCAAUAGAACACCAUAUCAAUUAUAUUUAACAUCUGAAAUCUAUUUCAAAAUGUAUGGUAAAACUUUAUUGGAACACAUUGAAUCAGAGACAUCAGGUGAUUAUCGUAAACUUCUUGUUGCUAUCUUACGAUAUGCAAUCGAUCGUCCCGGUCUAAUUGCUGAAUGGUUACAUGAUUCAAUGGCUGGUUUAGGAACAAAAGAUUAUGCAUUAAUGCGUUUAUUAAUUACACGUUCUGAGAUUGAUCUUCAAGAUAUAAUGAAUUCAUAUGAAUCAAUUUAUGGUAAAUCAUUAUUGAAUGCAGUAAUAGAUGAUACAUCUGGUGAUUAUCGUCGAACAUUAUGUGUACUACUCGGUGAAACAUAUAAUCAAUAAUAGUUUCAUUAAAACAAAACAAUAUAUUAAAUCAUUUGAUUUUGUCACUAUUUAUUUUAUCAUAUUUAAACAUAUUAUUACAAACUUGUGACCUUGUGUUGAUCAAUUUAAACAAAGAAAUAUGGAUACAGGUAGGCGCCAAGUAUAUAUAUAUAUAUGCGCUA